CCAUUAUACAGUUUGAGAAAAAUCUCAGCACUCCUGGAUUCUAUUAACCAUUCAUAUAAUCCUUGUUGGUGAUAUGAUCGUUGUCAAUUACCUUUUAUUCAUUGGUAAUUCAUUUACUUUCCAUAGUCUUUUUUAGGUAGUGAAGUUUAGAUAUAUACAAUGAUGACCACCAGGCAACAAAAUUGUUUUUUUUUUUCUGAAUAAGAGAAAUUGGGGGGUUUCUUUUGUUGCAGUUUGCUGCGAGUGGAUAACCGUAUUAAUUAGUUAUUGUUAGCAUUUACUAAUAUCAACUUAUGAUGAAGCUGAAACUUUAAGGUUUUUAGCAUACUUUAUGUGCUGUUAUUAAUUGCUGUGAGUAGAUAGAAAUAGUAAAGUAAACAAGAAGAUAGCCUACUAAUCAGGAAAUAGCUCAUUCCUGCAGUAAAUGAUCACAUAUAAACAGAAGAAAAGAAAAAGUUAUUUAAGCUCUCUUGACUAGCCUGACCAGUGUUUCUUAAUUGGGUUAGACCAGCCCAAUUGUCUUUGCAUAGGAUGGGAACAUGUUUUCACAAAAAUAAGCUGCUUAAUAGUUAUAAAAGUGAUAGGCUGAUGCAAUUUGGGCUGGCUGGGCUAAGCCUCUUUUGGGCUUGCUCCACAGAGCCUGAUCAUUCCCAGGUUGUCAGACUACAUUUUUUGGCGUUGAUUGUUUAUAUAUGCAUGGUAUUUAGUCUUUACAGAGUUUACAGCAUUUAUUUUAUUCUAAAGUGGAAUAAACAUCUUGCUGUUUUUUUGAUGUAUUAAGAACUAACCUAAUCUAUACCAAAUUCUGAUGAUGGAUCUUAAAAUCAGUUUUACGUAUACAUAUUUUUUCCAGCAUACCGUCCCUGAUGGGGGUUUGCCAAUUUUAUCUGCUUUGUUAGUACUCAAACCUUUUCAGAUCUGUAGAACUGCUUGCUCUGUUCAUGAACAAGAUGAAGUGACACGAAUCCAAAGUAAGUUUAUUAUUAACUUUGCUCUGCUAUUCUUCUACUCCUGUGCUGCUUUGGUUUAUGUUAGGUCUCAGGAUGCUGUUAUGCUUAGCACCAGAAAGAAAAUUCCAGACAAAGUAAGGGUGCAGAUAAGUAAAUAAUGGUGCUGUAUUUUCAAUCUUUGGUUUUAAUGCUGGAUUGCUUCAGUUGCAUAAUUUUAGGUUGUAGGUUGUGGAUAGACCAAGACAGAGUAUGCAAAAGACAGGUCACUGGCUCACAAUUUGCCUUUACAUUUUUUAUGGCCCUCAUUGUUUGGCUUAUGCUUAUGCUUAUAAUCCAAAAUUUGAAUUUUAGAACUUGAUUUUUUGGUUUUUUCAUCAUAGUUUAUUUUACAUCAUUUGCUUUUGAGUCGCUAAGGACACAUAUAUAAAAGUUUUACUCACAAAUGAUUUUUUAUUUGUUAAUAAGUGAUUCGAAUAAGCUUAUGAAUAAGCAAAACAAUGCUAGUUUUUCGUACCAUGAGGCUUAUUUUGGUUUUUGCUUGUUUGUUUUUUUCAUGGAACAUAUAAUUUUAUUAGUGCUGGCGUCCUUUAUUUGCAUUAGGCUCCAUCAAGUAGGAGGCACACAAGCUUGGACAACAGUUGAACAACACAUUCUGCAAGCAUCUUGAGUCUUGCCUGACAAGAUCCCUGCAUCCUAUCAAGAUGAAUAGUGCUCCUGAUUUUGCAGCUGAAACAGCUUCAGUUAUGUCACCAUCACGGUAGAUCAAUUAUGCAAGUCUGUCAGGCCCCCAACAUCAGGCCAACCGUGUAUGCAUUCAUUGGCAGUAUGCUGAAAGGGCCAGUUUACAAUACGUACAUUUUCAGAAAGCAGCUCCAAACAGGAUCUUGCAUUGGAUUUAGCUUCAGCAGGAUGAUAUACUGCAAAAAAAAAAAGGAAAAAAGAAAAAAGGGUUAAAUACCUACUCUUGUUUGAGAAGGAUUUUAAUGACAGAAGGAUUGCAAUGACAAGAUCAGGAUCACACUGUAAAUGGUGAAAGAAGAGCAACAGCAACAGGGCUUCACAUCAUAUUCUUAUUCACCAAAUCUCUCUUUGGAUUCCAGUCACAUUUGCCCACCCACUAAGGGUGACCGGUAAAAAAUGAGGUGUCCUUUCUCCAUCUUAAAUUCGGUCCGUGUGUUGUUAUCAUCUGUCUAGUCAAUGAAUGGUGCUGGGAUUACGCAGCUAAUACAGCAAGGCAGCCAGUUGGUGUGGGUGGGUGCCACAAAUAAUGCAGAAUGGCAGCCACAACCAGGAUGCUCCAAAGUGGCUGGUCCCUGUCUUGUUCGCCAUGAACAUGAAAUGCAUUGGAGGAAAGCUCUGUUGAUAGAAACAGCACACAAACACAUAAUGGAGGAUCAAAAGCGAUUGAGAGGUAUUAUUUUCCUUCUUUGCACUAAGUCAAACCUUGUUACUUUCAUGCACAUUUGCCAGAUUUUGAUUUGCUGCAGGCACUCAGUGUGGUCUUGUUUGUGGAAAAAGAUAUGCGAGUACGAUUAAUGGAUUCAUUUUUUUUAAUCUCUUGUUCUAUUCCAAUAUGCAUGGAAAGUACAUCGAGACAGCUCUGUUAUCGCCUUAAAAAUUAAUGCACAAAUAAACAUUAUCUUUUUUUAAAAAAAUAGUAGGAAUAAUAAUGAGAAAUGUGGUGAUAUUUGUCACGUCAGGUUGGUCAUAACAAAAGUUAAAAUUCGGUAGAAAUUCCUCUCACGUGGGGCCACAGGAAUCACAUAAAAACAUACUGAUAUAUCCUAUAUCCAUCAGCCUACAGGCAGCUAUGUAUAGAGGUAGCUGAGCAAUUGGCAUGGCCAUGCGUUAGAGAGAGAGAGAGAGAGAGAGUGCAUGAGCAUGAUGAGCUCUCCUUCUCCCUCUCCUUAAUUUAGACAUAAACUUAAUUAGCUAUGCCGCUCCUCUCUCUAAUCUCCCCUCCAAAGAUUAUGGUUGGUAGGAGAUGGAUGAGUUCCUGAUCAUCUUCUUGCUCUAAAAUGGAAGGUUUCCAAUGGAUUCCAGCUUCUGAAUCUUGCAGCUAGCUAGGUAGGUAGGUAGCUGGUAGCUUAGCUAGGCAGUCAGGCAGAUGGUGUGUUGUUGCUUCUGCUGUGAUCGCUCGCAUACGUAGAUAAGGUUAGAGGUUGAUCGCUCGGUAGAUGGUACUGAUGGCCGGGAUGCUUCCCGGAGUGGAGUGCGCGCGGCGGCGACGUCUCCGGCAGGGCGGCGGGGAGGCGCCGUGCGGGACGCGGCGGCCGUCAUUGUGCCUGUACGCCGGCGGCCACGACCACGCCCUCCUUGGCUCCUCCGCUUGUAAGCAGAGGAGCGCGUGCGAGGAGCAGCAGCCCGGGUGGUGGACGCUGGACAGCAACGUGCGGGAGGCGAAGGAGAGGCUGGACCAGAAGCUGCGGAGCCAGAGGGAAUCCGCCGUCGUCGUCGUCAAGAGGCAUAACAAAGCGCAGGUGGCAGGAACGAGCAGUGACGGCGGCGAGCAGUCAACGGCAACUACGGCGGCGCCGCAGUGGGAGGUGUACACGAGGAAAGAAGGGCGGCGGCGGAUGUGGUUCAGGAGGUUGGGGCGGAGGCCGACGCCGGAGGAGGAGGAGGAGUGCGCGGUGUGUCUAGAGGAGCUGCGUGCCGGGGAGGCGGUGGCGCACCUCCCCUGCACGCACCGCUUCCACUGGGGCUGCGCCGUGCCAUGGGUCCAGACCGCCUCCCGCUGCCCCGUCUGUCGCGCCGCCGUCUACCUCACCUCACCGGCGCCGGCGGCCAGCAACAACUACAACUAGCUAGACGGAAGCGGAUCCUCCAACGUAAACUUUCUCCUGACGCGGUUACUGAUAUGUGGACCCGUGAACGAUGGGAUCUAUAUGUCAGUCACAUGUUCCUUUGACUUCCUAAUCCCAACUAGACAGCUUAUUAAACGGAUCGCCAGUUCGCCGCUGCUAACUGUCACUGGUCACUACUACCCGCAUCCUUUAAUUUUGAUUGAUUCCAUCAACUUAAUUAUAUAUCGUCGUUUCCUCUCGCAUCUCCUGGUCUCUCUCUACCAUGCACAUGUCGCCUGCCUAUGCUACAGUAUUAUGUCUCGAUCAAACUCUCUGUAAUAGUGUACUUCCUCCGUUUAACAAUGUAAGUUGUUAUAGUAUUUCUCACAUUUAUAUA